ACCGCGCGUUUCCGGUCCGAGGAACUGUGUUUUCAGAGGAGACGCCUGACCGGCUAGAUAACAACAACGCGCUAGACGCCCCGGGAGCCGCCAGCUCCAGCAGCGCCAUCGCCAUGGGGGCUGUGCUGGGCGUUUUCUCCCUGGCCAGCUGGGUUCCAUGCCUUUGCAGUGGUGCAUCAUGUUUGUUGUGUAGUUGCUGUCCCAACACGAAAAAUUCCACUGUGACUCGCCUCAUCUAUGCUUUCAUUCUUCUCCUGGGCACUAUUAUCUCCUGUAUCAUGCGGACAGGAAGCCUGGACACUCAGCUGAAGAAGAUUCCUGGAUUCUGUGAUGGAGGAUUUAAAUUAAAGGCCACUGAUAAAAUGGCAGGUGGAGGCUGUGAUGUGCUGGUUGAUUAUAAAGCUGUGUAUCGGGUCAGCUUUGCCUUGGCCAUCUUUUUCCUUGUUUUCUCUCUACUCAUGAUUAAAGUAAAAACAAGUAAAGAUCCCAGAGCAUCAGUACAUAAUGGGUUUUGGUUCUUCAAAAUUGCUGCCAUUGUUGGUAUCAUGAUUGGCUCUUUCUACAUUCCCGGGGGCCAUUUCACCACUGCCUGGUUUAUUAUUGGUAUGGGUGGGGCUUUCCUCUUCAUCCUCAUUCAACUGGUGCUGUUGGUAGACUGUGCUCACUCUUGGAAUGAAUCCUGGGUAAAUAAUAUGGAAGAAGGAAACCCAAGGUGCUGGUAUGCCGCUUUGCUGUCUGCCACAAGCUUGUUAUAUACUCUGUCAAUCGUCUUUGUUGGACUAUUGUACGCAUAUUACACCAAAUCAGAUGGUUGCACAGAAAAUAAGUUCUUCAUCAGCUUUAAUCUUAUCCUUUGUGUUGUGGUUUCUGUUAUAUCAGUCCUUCCAAAAGUUCAGGAACAUCAGCCGCGUUCUGGCCUCUUGCAGUCUUCUGUCAUCACCUGCUACACCAUGUACCUCACCUGGUCAGCCAUGUCUAAUGAGCCUGAUCGUUCCUGCAACCCUGGUCUGUUGAGCAUCAUCACACACAUCACUGCACCAACUCUGGCUCCUGGAAAUUCAACUGCUCUAGUUCCUACUGUUCCACCACCAGCCAAGAGUGGGCAUUUCCUGGAUGCAGAGAAUUUCAUUAGCCUCAUAGUCUUUGUUAUUUGCCUUAUGUAUUCGAGCAUUCGUACUUCCACCAAUAGUCAAGUAAAUAAGCUGACCCUGUCAGGAAGUGACAGUGUGAUCCUCAAUGAUGCAAAUGCCAAUGGUGCCAGUGAUGAAGAAGAUGGACAGCCUCGGCGGGCUCUGGACAAUGAGAAAGAGGGAGUGCAGUACAGCUACUCUGCCUUCCACUUGAUGCUCUUCUUGGCAUCUUUGUAUAUCAUGAUGACCUUGACCAGCUGGUACAGCCCUGAUGCACAAUUCCAGACCAUGACCAGCAAGUGGCCAGCAGUGUGGGUCAAGAUCAGCUCCAGCUGGGUCUGCCUCCUCCUCUAUGUUUGGACCCUUGUGGCUCCACUCGUCCUCACCAACCGAGACUUCAACUAAAUUUCUGAGUGCCAAGGACACCACAGAAAUUCAUAAAGUUGGGGAGUAAACAAGAGACAUGUACAACCUAGCUCCAGCCAGCUGCAAGAAAUAGUGGGAUCAAUAAGAAGAAAUAUAUUGCAUGACUUUGAACUUCAGCUCUACCUACUCGACUAGCUAUGUGUCUUUGGGCAAACUGCUUAAUUUUCCUGUGCCUUCCUUUCCCACAAGGACAUAUCUACUUCAUUAAGAGUGUUUGAAGAUUCAGUGAGAUUGUGAAGCUUAUAGCAUCAUUGAUGCCCAGCAAGCAUUCAGGAAUUGUUAGCUAUUACAGGAUGCCUUCAAGCCAGUUUGGGAAGUACAUCAGGGCCUUGAGAAUGGAACAAAUUGCAUACUGUCUCCACCACUUUGUGCAUCUCUUUCUCACACUCUGGUGUCUUCUAACUGCACAUGGUUUUAGAGACAGCCAGCCUGACAUCUUCAGAAUGCACAGUGUGCUAGUGUGCGGCAGUGUGACCCACUGGGAGGGAGGCACAGCACUGCCUAAGCCAUUAUGUACCAUGAAUAAUAAAACCUCAGCAUCUUUA